CGGAGAAGCAAGUAUGGGACGUAGCCGCAGUCCAGCUCGCCACCGCAGUCGGAGCCGUAGCCGCAGCCGUGGUCGCAACAACCGCCACCGCGAUGUACGCGACCGCUAUCGCGACAAUGAGAAGGAUCGCACGCCAGAGCGCCGGCGCCGACGGAGCUCUGUCGAAGAGACCAAGGAGUCGCCAAUGAAGGCACCAGAGGACUCGAAGCCCAAGGUCACAGAGAGCAACGGCGAAAUCAGUAUGAGUGUUGAAGAGACAAACAAGCUUCGUAUCUCGAUGGGGCUCAAGCCUCUCCGCCUCACGAAGCCCGAGUCGAAGGAGGUCAACCUAGCCAAGUCGCGCGAGGACCUCGCAGCCGAGGCGCACCAAAAGCAGCUCAAGGAGACACUGGAGAAGUCCAAGCGGAAGCGCGAGUAUACCGCCAAGAUGCAAGGCAAGUCCCUCGGUGAGACGCUCGCCGAAGAUGCGACGUCAACCCUCGAUUGGGUCCGUCGCAGUCGGACAACGGCGCCUGCGCCUCUUCCAGGCACGAAAGCACCCGCGGCUGCCUCUUCUACCUACAGCGCGAUGGACCUUGAAGGUCUUACGGUAGCUCACGAUGCGCAGUCGUUCGAAGAGGGCGAAGACGUCAUCUUGACGCUGAAGGACAACCGUAUCCUUACCGAUGACAUGGGCAACGUGAACGACGCUGACGACGAGCUCGAAAACGUGACGCUAACCGAGGCCGACAAGCGCAAGGAGCGCGAAGAGAUGGCGAAGCGCGCGGCCGGACCCGUCUACUCGGGCUUUGACGAUGAAGAGUUUUCGACCGUGCUCGGCGACCGACCCAAGAAGCGGCUGCUCACGCAAUACGACGAAGAAGACGAUAUGAAGGAAGCACGGGCGCGCAAAAAGUUUGCGCUCAGCGCCCUCGGUGGUCAUGUCGUUGAGACGCCGUCCUUGCCGGCGUCGGCCGUGUCAGCGGGCACUGUCACCCUUGGCUCCAUCAAGCAAUUCCAGGCCAUGGACGACUACUACACGCCCGACGAGAUGACAGUCUUCAACAAGAAGAAGACCAAGAAGCUUCGGAAAGAAGGUGCAACCAAGGACCUCGUCGAGCAGCUCGAAGCCGAGGCGAGAGCCUCUGCGGUCGACCACGGCAAGCGCCGGGCGGAUGCAGCAAGCGCAGUCGCGACCCUCGAGGCUCAGAACCGCGCGAAGUUUGAGAACGCCCGCCGGCGUGAGGCUGAGAAGGCCAAAGCUGCCGCUGUCGAGGACAUUGAUGAAGAGCUCAGCGCGUCGCUUGCCCGCGCCCGCCAAGCCGCGCUGCAGGCCAAGACCGCGGUGAUCGAGUCCAACGAAGCGCGUGUCUUGUCGCAAGUGGCAGCCGACAGCGCCGCGUCGCACAAUAUCCAUCGCGACGCGCCGACAGCCAACACGAUCGUCUUUAGCGAGGCGACGGACUUUGACGUGCGCGUCAAGAAUGCCAUGGACGCCCGCGUCGCGUCCGUCGACAAGCUCGCGGCGCCGACGGUGGAUGUGGACGAAGAAGAGACCAAGGCGGAUGCACCUGCCGACGACGCGAUGCAAGGUGCAGACGAAGACGACGACGACGACGAAGCGACAUGGGGUGUUGAGGAGCCCUUGGUGCAAACGGGCAUGGCUGCGACACUCGCGCUGCUUCGAAACCGCGGUGACCUUCGCGAUGAUAUACAGCUGCGUCAAGCAGGCCGUGCGAACGACCAUCGCGACCGUAGCUUUAACGAAGAACUCCAAAUCAAGGACGGCGUCAAGCUCGACUACCGGGACGAAUUUGGCCGGCUCUUGACCAAGAAGGAAGCCUUCCGCCAGCUUUCGUACCGUUUCCACGGCCACGCGCCGGGUAAGAAGAAGCAAGAGAAGCGCCUCAAGCAGCUCAAGGAGGAGCUUGCCCAACAAAAGACCAAUGUCAGUACCAAGAUGCAGUCGCUCGACCGUCGGCAAAAGCAAACCAAGCAAGCACACCUCGUGCUCUCCGAGGGCACGUAA